AUGAAGGAUAGCAUCACCAACCUGCCGGAGAAGGACCCGAAUUCGAUCAUGACUGUAGCUGACCAAGGUCAGGGAGGUCUCGAGGAAAAAACCCGAUCAAAUUUGACCACUCAGUCGUCAAUUGCUCUGACAAAGGAUAACCCUGCCAUCACGACUCCCAAGCGCAGCAGCAAGCGAACCCCUUCACCAACCGCCGAGGAUGGCGCAAUGAAAGGUCGCUCGCUCUUCCCUUCUGAAGUGGCCCAAGGCCAGGAUGGCCCCACAGCCAAAGCUCGAUCGGACUUGACCACUCCUUCGUCGAUCGAUCUCACCAAGGAUAAUCCCAAUCGCACGACCACCAAGAGCCAACGCAAGCAACCCCCUCCUUCCAAAACCGCCGAGGAUGGCGCAGUGCAAGGACGGCCGCUCGUUGCCUACACCAAGAAACUCAAGGUGUCAAAGUUUCACCGGCUCUACAAGAAGGCUUGGAGGAAGGAGGUUUUUGGGAAUGAAGCAUUCAUCACUUGGUCCUCUCGCACCGCGGAUCACUCUGGUUGGGCAAUAUCCAAAUGCCCCGGAUGGUGGGCGGAAGCUAGUACGGACCAAGCAGAUGCUCAUUCCUACGACAAAAUCGCUGCGUUAAUCCUGUCUGGCUUGAAGGUGUACGACCCAUCACUCGGUGUUUCGAUGCCCCAGCUUCGGUCCAGCAUGCAGAAUCUGUUUUCACUUGGAGACCUUGAAGACGCAGACGACGACGAAGGUUCCCGGUCUCUUUGCGAGUACUUUCUUCGUCUCGCCAAACAGUGCCCCACAGUUGUGUUUGAUCUGGCAACGGCCCAACGCGUUAUCAAAACUGACGAAAAGUUGCCUUGCUUUUGGGAAUUCUCGCUUGUGUUCGACCCAACAUUAAUUGUUCAACGCGCCGAGCCAUUGACGUGGAUGUGGCUAGCGGCAGCCGAAUUCUUUGCCCAUCCUUGGACUGGCCCUGCAAUCAUUCCUCCCAUUGUGGAGGAAUUCGAGCGACUAGAACGAGAGUCGAAAAUAUCCAAAGCUCAGUCCAAGUCUAAGAAGCGCCCUGCAUCUACUCCAGAGAACCCAAAAGGUGCGAAGGCCCACGAUUCGCGCCCGUCUCCUUCUGUCCAGAUGCAAACGGAACUGACGCCACCACAGGGUGGUCCAAUCCCUACCAACAAACUCCACCUUUGGAUGCCACUCCUCCUCGCCAACAAGUGGUCAUGUCUGACGCUGUUCACUGUUGGUGAAAUGGGAUCUUGA